GGCUGAGCUGAGAGCGAGAUGCGGUCCGGAGCGUCGAGGAGAAGUUAUGGCCCGGUCAUCCCCGGAGGAGAAGGUCCCGCCGCAGCCCGUGUCCGGCCCCAAGUGCCCCUCCGGUGACGCGCACGCCCUCCAGGGACGCACAGCCGCGCACGCGACAAGUUGCGCGUCAAAGUAAUUGAAAUCGAGGCAAAGCAGGAGCAAAUUCCAGUGUCAGUGCGCCUGAAUUUUGGCAUCUCCUCCCCCGAGCCACCCGGUGCUUGUCUCUCAGCAAUGCAACAGGCCUGCGAGGUGCAGAUAACGACUGGCUCGCGGCUCCGCACGAUAUAAAGCGAACCUUGAUGCAGCCGGCGUUCCAAGUGGCCUUCGACCAACCUGAGAAUGAUACUCAGUAAAUAGGAAUCCUGAGUUUUCUCCCCACCUUCAGUGCCUUGGAGGCGAAACACCGAGGCAGCAUAUCGGGUGCCUCCAUCCGUCACAUCCGCCAGCGUAUCAGCAGGUCGCCAUGAAUCUGUUCAGGAAGGAUGCCAUGGGCACGAAGAAAGAGAAGGAGAAGGAGAUCCAGUACGAGGACCCGCCUGACGGAGGCUGGGGGUGGAUGGUUGUGCUGCACUGCUUCCUGGUGAAUGUCCUGGUGAUGGGAACCCUGAAAAGCUUCGGGAUCUUCUUCGUGGCCUUCCAGGACGAGUUCGGAGGCUCGGCAGAGAGCAUCAGCUGGAUCGGGUCCAUCAUGUCCAGCCUGCGUCUGUCUGGAGCGCCGCUCGCUUCUGUAGCCUGCGCCAAGGUGGGAACCAGAGUGACGUCCAUCACCGGAGCGGUGCUGGUGAGCGGCGGCUUCAUCAUGAGCAUCUUCGCCAACAGUGUGGUUUUCCUCUACAUCAGCAUGGGAGUGGUGGUCGGAAUGGGUUUUGCGCUGCUUUACCAGGCCUUCUCGGUGGUCACAGCGCUCUACUUCCGGAAGCGGCUGGCAACAGCUUACGCCAUCGGGCGCUCCGGGAUGGGUUUGACCUUCGCCCUGGCUCCAUUCACUCAGCUCCUACUGGACCAAUAUGCGUGGCAAGGGGCCAUGCUGAUCCUGGGCGGGCUCAUGCUGAACCUGGUGGCCUCCGGGAUGCUGCUGCGGCCCAUCAACGUCAAGCCGCCCGUCGCCAGCCCGACCUCCUCCGCCAUCCAGAAGAGCCCCUGUCUGUCCGUCAAGAGCUGUUCUGAGAAGGACGCGAAGAGCAGCUGCUCCCACCUGUCCAACGGCUUUUCCAAAUCAGACUCCCGCCCGGCCCCGCCGCCCCCCCAGACGGACUGCGAGAAGCCGGAGGACCAGCGAACUCAGGAGCAGCCGGCCAACCCCGAACUGACCAGGCUGGUCCUGAACGGCGUCAACGGCCACGAGCCGCACCAGAGCGCCGGUCAGUGUAAGUCCACGAGUCCGGACAGCUCGGCGGAGAUCAACGGCAGCAUGAAUGGAUCCACCGUGAUCGGAUCACACACCAGCAUGCAGAGCGAGACGAGCGUCGUAAAAACCAAAGUACUGGAUUUCUCCCUGCUGAAGGACCCCUUUUUUUGCAUCUACACCUGGUCCCUGGUCUUCAGUCAGCUGGCCUACUUCAUCCCCUACUUCCACCUGUCUGCCAGAGCCAGAACUCUGGGCAUCGACGCAAUGGACGCGUCCUUCAUCAUCUCUGUGGCAGGUAUCACAGAGACCAUCGCCCAGUUGGCCUCGGGCUGGGUGACGGACAGAAACCUGUUCCAUAAAUACCACUACCACAAAGCCUACCUGAUCCUGUGCGGCCUGGUCAACCUGCUCUCCCCGCUGGCGACCUCCUACAUCUUGCUGAUGGUCUACGCCAUCUUCUUCGCCAUCUUCUGCGGCGGCUACAUGGCCCUGCUGCUGCCCGUCCUCGUCGACCUGGUGGGAUCUGAGAAACUCAAUAACUCCAUGGGCUUCUCAAUGUUCUUUGUUGGCCUGGGCUGCCUCACAGGGCCUCCUUUGGCAGGCUUCCUGUACGACUACACCCAGACGUACGACUGCUCCUUCUACCUGGCCGGCCUCUGCUACCUGCUGUCCUCGCUCUCCCUCUUCAUGGAGCCGCUGGCGCAGCGCUGGAAGUCCAGGAAGAAACUGUUGCAGGCCAAGAGAGCAGAGAGCAGCUGUAAGACCAAUGGCUGCUUCACCCCUGACCGCCUGCAGAACGGCGCUGUGUAGGAAUGAAGUCCGGGGAAGGCCUUGGAUCUUGAACUAACACGCUCAUGACCACAGGCCCGCAUACCUCGGACCGCGGACUCCAGCUCAAAGUCGGGACCUCGAUGGUAGUUUCUGCAGGAGGGAACAGAUGAUGUCUGAGAACAAACGCUGGCGGACAGAUUGUUCAAACCGAACCUUUAAAAAGCCAAAAUGUUUCUUCACCCGUCCCUCCGACUCCGACGUUCGACACUGAGCACAGCUUGAGGUCCGCGGACGUGACUUAUACACUAGGACAGACUCUUAUUUUCACAACCUGCAGUUUGAUUGCACAUCCAGCCACAAGGAACCAAACUAUGCAGUGGAUGUCGAGAUUCCGUUCUCAUCCGAUUCUCCGACUGGAAGCACAUAUCCCCGAGGAUGUACAUUUCCCGAAUGUCUUCGUUUAAAAAAAAAAAAAGCAAAAACAAGAAAAAAAAAAAAGCCUUUCACC